ACAACCAGAUGAAUGAACAUGACCAGGAAUUCCAAACUUUCUUCGAACCCAGUCAGUACGUGUACAAAAAACAUAGCUCGACCGUGACAGCUUUAAUACAAGUCAUAGAUUCCCUGAAACUCGCUGUGGAUCAAAAACAAUAUUCAGUGGCUACUUUUAUCAAUCUGCGGAAGGCGUUCGAUAUUAUUGAUCAUCGUGUUCUUCUGGAUAGAUUAAGAAAAUAUGGAUUUCGGGAAAUUGAGGCUAAUUGGAUCUGCUCAUAUCUAACUGACAGGCAACAAUAUGUUGUGUGUAAUGGUGUCCAAUCUCAACUGUUACCAAUAAAUUACGGCAUCCCACAAGGUUCUGUGCUCGGUCCCUCGCUGUUUUGUUUGCUUUUCAAUCCAAUAGUCCACAGCUUCCUCUCUUCAAGACCAUCUCUUUAUGCGGACGAUAUUGAAACCCACUGUUCACAUCCUAAUCUUGAUGUAGCUCAGUCGCAAAUGAAUAAAUAUCUCAAACGAGUGGACCAAUGGUUGGCAGAUAACAGAAUGAUUCCAAGACUUCCAAAUGUCAAAAAAAACAAAAUCUAUGGUAAUUGGAUCACAGCAUGCACUGAAAAGGGCAAAUGA